AUGUUUGCCUGGCUUCAUUAUGAUGAAUCUAAAGAUCGUGCAUUUUGUUUUGAUCGUGUUUCAUUUUAUCAUAAGACAAAUAAUAAAUUAAAUAAACACACAGAAUUAUCUUUUAUAGUAAAUGGUUUUAAUAAUUGGAAAAAAGCAUCUGAAAAAUUUCAAUCCCAUGAAAACGGUAAAAUGCACGUCAACUCUAUACAUUUUCUUUUAAGUAUUAAUACUAAUGUAUCAGUAAUUUCUUUAUUAUCAAAACAAAAAAUUGAAGAACAAAAAAAUGCAUCCACAGCCUUAUUAACAAUUAUUAGUACUUUGCGAUACCUUAGUCAGAUGGGAAUAAGUAUUAGAGGUCAUUCUCAUAAUGAUGGCAAUUUUCUUUCCUUAUUAGAAGAAAGGUGUGUAGAUGUUCCAUGCUUAAGAUAUUGGAUACAACAGAAAAAUAAUUGGCUUAGUUCAGAUAUUCAGAAUGAAAUUUUAGAAAUAAUGUCAUUAAAUUUACAGCGUGAACUUGUGCAAUCAAUAAAAAAAAUCAGAAUACUUCUCUAUAAUUGCUGA